AUGGCGGACAAAACAGAAUCUGCCGUCUACACACAUGGCCAUCAUGCCUCUGUUUUGCGUUCGCAUACCUGGAGAACGGCACUGAAUUCCGCAGCUUACAUUCUUCCCCAUCUGAAGCCAGAUAUGAAGAUUUUAGACAUUGGUUGUGGACCGGGUACUAUCACUGUCGAUCUGGCAAGCUACAUUCCCCAGGGCCACAUCACUGGGCUUGAAAGGGCUGAAGGGGUACUCGAUCAGGCUCGUGCUCUCGCUAAGGAAAAGGACGUCAAGAACGUUGACUUUGUCGUUGGAGAUGCCAAUGGACUCUCCUACGAAGACCAAAGCUUUGAUGUCGUCAUUUGCCACCAAGUCCUACAACAUGUUCGCAACCCCAUCGGCAUUUUAAAAGAGAUGUACCGAGUAGCUAAAGUGGGCGGAUUUGUGGCUGCACGAGAAUCCGACUACGGCGGAUUUGUUUGGUACCCAAGUCUGGAUGGGCUUUCGAAAUGGAGCCAUCUUUACGACGAAGUUGCGAGAAACAACGGUGGUGAGCCUAAUGCCGGUCGCAUGCUUCAUUCUUGGGCACGACAGGCUGGCCUCGCCGACAUCAAAUGUAGUACAAGUACGUGGUGCUACCAGACAAAGGAUGAGAUAUCCUGGUGGAGCGAUUUGUGGGCGGAAAGAAUUGUCGUGUCGUCGUUUGCGACAACAGCUAUCGAUGCUCAGAUUGCCACCAAGGGUGACCUUGAGAACUUGGCUAAAGUCUGGCGCAAAUGGGGAGAUGAGGAAGAUGCCUGGUUCAAUUUGCUCCAUGGAGAGAUCAUAGCCUAUAAACAUUAG